AUGUUCUGGGCAUAUUGGGCCCUAUCCUUGGUGGCUGUGGGACAUGCAGCCAUCUCCUCGAUGAACUACGUGCCAAUGGGCAGUAAUCCCACUUUGUACACUCCUGGAUUUGAGCCCAUCAUGCAUUUGGACCAGCAAACAUUUUCUGAUACAGUUUAUGGACAAGAUAAAGCUUUUGUGGUUGAAUUUUAUGCUGAUUGGUGUGGACAUUGUCGUGCUUUUGCUCCAUUCUUCCGACAAUUCGCUGGAAUGGUGAAAGAAUGGAAUAAUGUUGUAACAGUUGCAGUUAUGAACUGUGCAGAUGCUUACAACACUCAAAUAUGCCGUGAGAAUGGUGUAACUCAUUUCCCCAUGUUGAAAUAUUUUCCACGGUUAGCACGAAAUGCACAAGCUGGAAAAAUGAUGGACACACCUCAUGCACCAGAACAGAUGAGAGAUUCGUUACUUCGUACUGUCGUCAAUGAAUACUCUUUAUUCCGUUAUCCUGACUGGCCAAAUUUCAUUCACAUCAGCGUAGACAGCCGUACUACAUAUGGUCAAUUAUGGCAAGGAGUUGCCGAAUCAGCUGAUUAUAUGACAAUUAUCUUUGAAGAGUAUGAUGGCGUUGGAAGUCAAUUCUUAUUGGAUUUAUCAUCUCGUGGAGGCAUUCUUGGUUCACGACGUGCAUUAUCCAAUUCUCCAUUGGUACAAAUGUUAAGAAUUCGUGAAUUCCCAACUGUCGCCCUAUUCCGACGAGAUCAUCAACAAGCUUUGUACAUGCAAAGAUUCUCUAACAGUACAUAUAAGGAUUUGGAUAAUGUUAUAUUAUCAGAUUCUCGUAAUUCUCAUCAGAAUCCUCCAAUUAUGUUACUGACAACGACAACACCUCGUCCAUCAACAACAACAAAAGCUCCAAUAAUUGAUUGUGAAAAAUAUCCAGACAGUUGCCGUGAUCUUUACUAUGUUUCGGAAACGGAUAUGCUCAAAGCCAUGCAUAUGGCCAUUUAUGAUGAAGUUAUUCGUUCUCCUGGAUAUAUUCAAGGAGAAAACUAUACGGCACUCACUGAUUUCGUGACUCUUUUAUCAAACCAUUUCCCGGUCCUUUCCUUUUCGAACGAUCUCCGAACUCGUGGAAGACGGACAUCUUCUACUAUUUUGAAAAGCAGCGAACGUGCUCGACUCGUUUUCACUCACAUGAGAGAAUAUCUUGAAUCUCGUCGUGAUCAACGCAUGGUUUCAGUUGAUGAUUACAAACGUCAAUUCGAGAAUGUCGAGCGUGUCUAUGCUAAUCCUUUCCCAGUCAAUUCAACUUGGCAGCAUUGUCGUGGAAGUUCACCCAUGUUUAGAGGAUAUACAUGCGGAUUGUGGACAACAUUCCAUGCUUUAACUGUCCACACUUACAUCGACACAAUUAAAGAUGACCAUGUAGAUGCUAUUAAGCCAUUACGUGAUAUCCAGGGUUGGGUCAAGAACUAUUUUGGUUGCCAACAUUGCAAAAAUCACUUCAUGCACAUGACAACUACACAAUUCCCAUUAAACGAACGACGGGUCCGUCACCCACAUGAUAUGAUGACAUACCUGUGGCGUGCUCAUAAUAUCGUGAACAAUCGCCUACAUGGUGAUGCUACUGAAGAUCCUCAAUUCAAUAAAAUGCAGUUCCCACCACCAUUCCUCUGCCCAACUUGCCAUUCAGGUGGACAAUUUAGUCGUCGUCAGGUUCGCAAUUUCUUGCUUCGAUAUUAUGGAAGUAUUAAGCCACAUAAUCGUUUGGCUAAUAGACGUUUAUCGUUCUUCUAA